GGCUGCUGCCUCUGUGACUAUUUGCUGCUGUGGUCGGAUGGUGCACCUGGGAACGGUGGUUUCGGCCGCAGGCCUGUUGAUCCUUCUCCACGCUGGCUAUUCCGCCGCACACUUCCAGCAGUUCAAGAAACCGUCGUCGGCGUUGGGGGGCGGCGGCGGCGACUCGGCUCCGCUCGACGCGGCCCUCGAAGCCCUGGUCGGCUUCUUCGUCUGCGUGUUUGGCGUCUUGUACAGCGCCGACGCGCUCUUGCCCAUCAAGGGAGCCGCGGGGGGCGGGAAGUCGCUGGACUCGGCCGAGUCAACGCGAGAGUUUGAAGUGUUUGAGCACAGGGGUAGAUCGCUGAGGAGACGGGUGGCGAGCCAACGGUGAUUUGGUGUUAAAAUCUUCUUUGUAUUAAAUUUGUUGUCGAAAACAUGAACGUGAUCUUGAACUUCAUUUGUUGUUGGUUCGUUGCCUUGAUUUCUCUUUGGAUUCUUGUGUUUUUCGUGUUUUGAGCAACACGGCAGUUGAUGAAACGAGGCUUUCCGGGGUGAUCGUGAGAGCGAGAGAUAGAGAGGGGAGAAAGCGGGCAUGUCAUCGCUUCGGUAUUGCCACCUUCCGGUCUUCGCCUAUUGGGAAUGCGAGACAGAUGCCAUGGCCAUGCAGGAAAUGUUUUCGUGCUGCCUCUGUUUGUGUAUCCUCUGCUGAA